GCCAGCAGUGAAUGCAACACGGGCCUGAUGGGAAAUGAAGUUUUCUACCUGCCACCUACCGGUACUUUUUCCUCAACGUUCCCCAGCAUGCCUCUUAACCGCGACCGGCAGUUGGAGUAACAUCUUGCAAAGGCCUUCGUUUUUGCUCCGAUUUCUCGAACUUACGGCCAUGAGGAAAGUUUGGACUAAAGUGGGCAUCUUCGGCUCAGUCUCCAUCGCCUUCGGUUCGGCCUUGUGGUGGAGGCAGAGGAGCACGGAUGGCGGCUCGAAAGCAUCCCAGUACGAGCUCAAACUGGUUCAAGUGCUAUUUCGACACGGGGCUCGUACGCCGCUUAAAUCCAUACCUGAUGUGUUGGAGGCACAAUGGGUACCCACCCUGUUGGAGCCUCCAGCCCACACACACAUCAACUAUGUGGUCACAGACCUUAAUGGGGGACCCACACCUCCAUCUCCAUUGGAGGACAGCUACAGGAAGAAGGCGCUUAGUGGCGGCGUGUUUGCGGGUCAGCUGACCACUUUGGGCAUGGAGCAGUUGUACGAGCUGGGCGAGAGACUGAGGAGAAGAUACAUUCAGGAGGUUCCCUUCCUCAGUACGACCUUCUGCCCCAGUGAGGUCUACGUGCGAUCCACCAAUAUUACAAGGACGAUCGAGUCUGCUAGGUGCCUGGUGGCAGGGCUCUUUCAGCAAAACCAAAAAGAAAUAGUUCCAAUAUUAACCACAGAUGCACAGUCAGAAAUUCUGUACCCCAACUACCAGGGAUGUCGGCUGCUCAGAAUGCUCAGCAGCCCCCGUUUGAAAGAGGUGGCCCUUCUGCCCGACAUCGCGGCUGACCUGAAGAACAUCCGAAGCAAGCUGGGCAUCAGCGACAAAACGGAUGUCGACUUCAUCCUCAUCAGGGACGACAUGGUCGCCAGAGAGACUCACGGGUUGCCAUGCCCACCCGCCCUGUCCACGUGGAGAAGCAGAGUGGAGCAGAGAGCCGUGGAGAUGAUGUUUUACUGUUACCAACCCAGCAAGAGCGAGAACUUGCAGUUGUGCGUGGGACCUCUGCUGCAUAUGCUCUUACUCAACAUUGACGAGAAGCUACAAGGCACGUCAUCAGAGCCAAACAGGAAGUUGUUUUUGUACUCGGCCCAUGACACCACAUUGAUACCAUGCCUGAUGGCGCUGGGCAUUUAUGACAUGAAGUGGCCCCCAUACGCUUCAGACAUCACACUAGAGCUUCAUGAGCACCGGCGCACUAAGGAGGCUUUUGUCAAAGUGUCCUACAUAGGCCAGGAUCAACUAAUUCCUGGCUGCAGUGGACUCUACUGCCCCCUGCAGGAAUUUCAGAACGUGCUUUCAGCCUACUCGCUCAAGAAUGACCUCUACCAGUCGCUUUGCAACAGUACAACCGACAAAUCUAAGCUCUGAACACACACACCGACCGUUGUUGAAUUGACACAUUAUGUUCAUAUUAUUUAACACUACUGUUGAUUUUAUUUGGUUUUUCUGACAAACCGAAUGUCACUUCAUUCCUCAGGGGAAGACUUGCAUGAACUAUUUUAUACACACAUGAGCUUGUGCAAAAUAAGUCAAUUGCAGUGUUUAUAUUUAAUAAACUAGUAGCGAGAGAA